AUGGCCUCCGCAGAACUCUCCAAGAAGCGCAAGCGCGCCGAGCCCACGGCCGACGCCGCCGCCGUCGCAGACGAGUCCUCGACGAAGAAGUCCAAAUCCGAAAAGAAGGAGAAGAAGGAAAAGAAGGAAAAGAAGGCCGCCGCCGAAUCCGCACCCGAAGGCGGAGAAUUCAUCGCCCUCGAGGAAUCAAAGGCCGAAAAGAAGGAACGCAAGCGCAAGGAAAAGGAAGCGCGUAAAGCCGCCGAGGCCGCCGUAGAGGACGCAUCAGCAGACGCCGACGCAAUGGACGUUGACCCGCCCGCGCAAGAGAAGAAGGUUAAGAAGAGCAAGAAGGAAGAUUUGGAUGUCAAGACGGAGAAGAAGGAGAAGAAGGAGAAGAAGGACAAGAAAGAGAAGAAGGAUAAGAAGAAGAAGGAGGCCGCUGCAGAGACCGAGACUGAGGCCAAUGGUGUAGAGACUGCUGUCGCCGAGGAAAAGACGGAGAAGACGGAGAAGAAGGAGAAAAAGUCAAAGAAGGCGAAGAAGGCAAAGGACGAGGCUGCGCCGGCGGCAGCGGCCCCUGUCGAAGAAGCAGCGGCUGAGCCAGCAGCUCAAGAAGAAGAGACCGCCGAGGGAGGAAAGAGGGAAAAGUACAUUGUUUUCGUCGGAAACCUCCCCUACACGGCAAACAAGGACUCCAUCAACGCCCACUUCGCAGCCUACAAGCCCUCGGCCAUCCGCUGCCUCCACAAGGACGGCAACCCCAACGUCUGCCGCGGCAUCGCCUUUCUCGAGUUCUCCAACGGCUCCAACAUGCGCACCUGCCUCGACAAGAUGCACCACACCUCGUUCGACGACGGCCUCUCGCCCGCGCGCCAGAUCAACCUCGAGCUUUCCGCCGGCGGCGGAGGCAAGAGCAAGUUCCGCAAGGACAAGAUCAAGGAGCGCAACGUCCAGCUCGACGAGAACCGCCACAGGCGCAUGCAAAAGGAGGAGGAGUACAAGAAGGAGAGGGCCAAGCAGGGUGGGGCCAACUCCCAGCAGGAUAGCAUCCACCCCAGUCGCUUGGCCAUGAUGUAUCAGUAG